AUGUCCGACCUCAAGCCCCUCCGCAUCGUCAUGGCCUGCGACGAAGCCGGCCAGCCCUACAAGGAGACCAUCAAAGCCAUCCUGGAGAAGAACCCCCUCGUGGAUUCUGUCCAGGACGUCGGUGUCAACUCGACCUCCGACAAGACCGCCUACCCUCACCCUGCUGUCGACGGUUCUAAACUCAUCGCCGAGGGCAAGGCUGACCGCGGUCUCUUCAUCUGCGGUACCGGUCUGGGUGUGGCCAUCGCCGCCAACAAGGUUCCCGGCAUCCGCGCCGUCACGGCCCACGACUCCUUCUCCGUGGAGCGCUCUAUCCUCUCCAACGACGCGCAGGUCCUCUGCAUGGGCCAGCGUGUCAUCGGCAUUGAGCUUGCGAAGAAGCUCGCCACGGAGUGGUUGACCUACCGCUUUGACCCCAAGAGCGCCUCGGCCUCCAAGGUCCAGGCCAUCUCCGACUACGAGGCCCAGUUCGCUGGCAAGGCCUAA